UGGGUGGCGCCAAAGCUUGACAACAAAGCGGCUGUUUGCGACGUACAACGGUCAAAACCUCAGCUGUUUGAGUUUUAUGUCCUCAAGUAAAUUCAUAUUUAAAUAGAGGUUUAAAUCGGACUUUGACAGUUUGAAUAAACACUCGGAAAGUUUCUCUUCCGUGUGUACAAAUGUCAACAUGGCUUCGAAGACAGACCAACUUCUUAUCGUUGUGUCCAUCCUCGAAGGUCGGCACUUCCCAAAGAGUCCUCGCCUCAGUCUGGUGGUUCAGGCGAGCUUUGACGGAGAGCAGCUCGCUACAGACCCGGUAGAGCACCGAGACCAGCCACAGUUCAGCACCGAGCUGGCCUGGGAGCUGGACCGCAGGACGCUGCACCAACACAGACUGCAGAGAACUCCCAUCAAGCUUCAGUGUUUUGCUGUCGACUCUGUCAGCAAGAAGAAAGAGAGCGUCGGCUACAUCGUCCUCGACCUCCGAUCAGUACAGGAGGUCAAACAGGAGCCUCGCUGGUAUCCUCUGCUGAGCAGUAAAUACACCAAACAGAGACCAGCGCUCCUCCUCAGCGUGGUGCUGGAGAACGACACCAAGCCCUCUGAACCCUCUCCUGAUAGGUUCAAAGCCAGGAAGGCCCCGCCCCGACAAGGUUCUCCAGCACUAACCGAGCUGCUCCCAGACAAGCUGGAGGCCGUACUGAACCCAGACCAGGGUUACCAUCAGGUCGGACCUGCAGAUCACUGCACAGACAUGUUUGUCCUGUCCAUCACUGUGGCCUUCGCUACUAAACUAGAACAGUUGAUCCCCAGCACUAUGAAACUGUCAGCAGAGGGCUCAGAGUUCUUCUUCUACUACUCUUUAUUGGGCAACGACAUCACCAGCGAGCCUUUCCACAACCUGCUGAGUCCUGACUUUGAGCCGGAGCGCGCCUCUGUGCGCAUCCGCAGCAGCAAACAGAUCCUCCAGGCCUUCCUGUCUCAGCAGCCCAGUUUACAGAUCCACCUGUGCUGUGGGAAUCACUCUCUGGGCAGCACUGACGUGUCUCUCUCAGCUCUGUCUGCAGUUUCUGUGGAUCUGGAGAACAAGGCAGCGACGGUGGAGGGAGCAUUCAUACUGCAACCUCCAAAACGCGUCAAACAGACGCUGCCAGCUCUGCCUGCUGACCUGCAGCCGACUGUAGGAGUGGCUGUUACUCUGAGGAGAGAGGAGGUCGCACCACAGUCUUUAGGGAAUAAAGGAGGCGGAGCUCAGACACACCCUCCACCUGUCCCGCCUCCGUCUGCCCCUCCCUCAGUUCCUCCUAAUGGACAGAGACCUCGAAGCUCCUCUCCGGUCCGAAAACGUCGUGACUCUCCGCCUCCAGGUCCUCCUCUUCCUCCUCCUUCCUCUCACACAGAGAGUGAAGCUGAGAGUCUGCUGGAGGAGCUUCAGCGUGGUAAACAGGCAGGACUGGCAGCUGCAGAUCUGGAGGCUCCUGUGCAGCUGAAGAGUCGACCUGAAGCUCCAGCAGAAGGUGGAGCGUCAUCUGUCAGUGUGUCCGCUCCCAAAGUGUCCAUCCCCUCCUCCGCCCAUCAUUACUGCUUCUCACUGGACCUCAGAAGCCUGGGAAACCUCAGCCUGACACACCCCAUCGCUGCUACGCUCAGGUAUUCGUAUCAGUUCUUCGGCAGCGCAGCGCCCAUCAUGACCAACCCUCCUGUGGAGCUGCAGAGGAACAUGGACGUGUCUCUGCCUCAGUCUUACUGCGCCUUCGACUUCGCCGCCUUACCACAGCAGCUACAGGACACCUUCCUCAGAGUUCCCCUGGUGGUGGAGGUCUGGCACAGAGACUCCACCAGCAGAGACCAGCUGAUUGGACGAGCCUCCAUCCAGCUGUCUCACCUGCUGAGCUCGGAGAGGAGCAGGUUCCUGGCAUCGACAGGAGAGCAGAGCUGGAGACAGACUCACCAGGACCGGAUCCCUGUGGUCAAAACACACCGUCCCUCUGAGAAGGUCGCAGAGUUGAGCUAUGUGGCGACGCUGGAGGACCUGGGAUUGGUCAAAGCCAGAGAGGUCAUCGUGUCUGAUUCCUCACAGACUGAACCUGUAGCCCCCACACAGCCGUCCUCCCACCCUGCUGCUCCCAGCCUGCCCAGCGCCCCACUGGGCCCCACAGCCCCCACAGCCCCCAGAGACACCCUGGAGUACCGCAAGGCCCUGGAGCUGGAGCUGUGGAAGGAGGAGCAGGAGGAUCUGUUCGAUGAUCAGUUGAGGAAGAAGGAGCUGAGCCACAUGCAGGCGUUGGCAGAGGAGUGGAGGAGGAGGGACCGGGAGAGAGAAGCUCUGGUCAAGAAGAAGGAGGUGGAGUAUAAUCUGUUGGAGGAGCAGCUUCAGAAGACUCUGUCUGAUCUGGAGAGAAGAGAGAAACAGCUGGCGGAGGCCGAGCUGGAGACUCAGAGGCUGCAGAGGGAGCUGCGAGCCGACCACGAUCUGACCCAGAGGGAGCUGCAGGAGAGCAGCAGGAGGCUGCAGCAGGAGUGCGACCACCGGGUGGCGCUGGAGAAAGACAAAGUCCGACUGAUGGAGGAGGAGAGAUCCCGGCUGCUGCAGCAGAUCACAGACGGCGAGUCUCGGUACAAACAGCUGGAGAAAGAGUUUCAGCUGUACAGAGAACAACAGAACAUCAGACCUGAGUUCAGACUGCAGUCAGAGAUCAACCUGCUGACUCUGGAGAAGGUGGAGCUGGAGAGGAAGCUGGAGUCCACCACCAAGUCAAAGCUUCACUACAAGCAGCAGUGGGGACGAGCCCUAAAAGAACUGGCCCGGUUCAAACAGCGUGAGCAGGAGAACGCCAUGACGCGUCUGAAGAAGCAGCAGGCGGAGCUAGAGGCCAUGAGACUGCGUUACCUAGCAACAGAAGAGAAGGAGGCAGUCCGACAAGACAGACAGGAGCUGGACGACAUCAGGAACGAACUCAACAGAUUAAAGCAGCAAGAGGACAGACUAGGCCCCGCCUCCUCCAUGUCCGGCCCCGCCCCCGGCCCAAGUCUUAAUGAGAGUGCAGAUGAACACCUGAGCCGACUGUUGGAGGAGAGAGACACCCUGCUGAGGACCGGAGUUUACACCCAUGAAGACCGGAUCAUCGCUGAGCUCAACAGACAGAUACAGGACGCCAUGAGGGACCGGGGGAACCUCUGACAGCUGCCGGAGCCGUCCAAUCAGAGAUGGACUCGCACCUGAAACGGCAGGUAAACCAGCUGUUAGGAUCAGCAAAGCUCUGAGGCUGUUUCUCAGUCUUUUUUGUCUGAUGUUCAUGGUAGAAAUUAAGAACGUAAAAAAAUGAUAGAACUCUUACCAUGAUACAAACAUACAGAAGCACACUGGGUUCACCAGAUUAUGGUUUGGUUUUCAGGCUCCUUCCUCAGCCUAAAUUGUUGUGAUUAUUCCAGUAGGAUCUUGUAAUUUUGGGAUGUUUUUCUGUGAGAUCCACAUUUCAUAACUCUUCACAGAUUAUUCUGAAAUCACAAGAAAAAUAAAUUAUUUUUUAGGUAAAUGCAGUGUGCUUCUGUAGAGACGUUUUGUUUCACAAGAUAAUUCAGCAGAGGAAAGGUUUUAAUUUAUUUACAACCUCAGGAAUAGAGAUGUUCAGAUUGAUGUAAAUCUCUUUGUCUUUGUGUUUAAGGAAAACUUGAGUCUGGGCCUUAUUUUCCAGUGUUUUUGGGUGUAAAUGAUUGAUAGGGACAAAAUUUAUUGGAAUCUUUGCUUGUUUUUGUCAGUGUUUUGUUUUAUCUUAACUGGGGCUGCAACUAAAAUAAACUUUCAUUACCAAUUAAUCUGCCAAGUAUUUCCCUGAUUAAUCAUUCUAUCUAUAAAAUGCCACAAUCAUAAAUCCAAGGUGAGUCUUCAAUAAUCUAAUUCUGUCUUAAUGAUGGCUUAAACAAAAAAAUAUUUUAAUUUCCAAUUAAUCUCUUUUAAUGAUUAUUUUCUUGAUUAAUCCAUUACUUGUUUAAUCUAUAAAACAUCAAAAAGACACGAAAUAUUCAUUUUCCUACAAUGAAAAACCAAGAAAAGCAGCUAAUCCCCCCCCCCCCCCCCCUUUUUUUUUUUUGCGCUUAACAAAUGAUCAAAAUAGUUUCUGAUUAAUUGAGUAAUUGUUGUAACUCUAGUCUGAAGAACAAUCUGUAGUAUAAUAGAGGAUUAAGAAAAAGUAAAUACUCACAUUUGAGCAGCAGCUGAAACCUGUGAAUUAAAUAAGAAUUCAAUGAUUAGAAUAGUUACUGAUUAAUACUCUGUUCAUCAAUGAGUUUAUUAAAACUGAAACAAUCAAUCAAAUAAGAACAAUGGUUUCAAAUCUGUGCAUGUUCAUUUUCACAGAAACAAACUGAGAUGUCUGGAAGAACAGAAGUCAAUGAAAAACUGGUUAUUUGGUUAAUGAUGUAAAAUUUUAACAAUUAGUAGUGAAUAGACUAAAACCUGGAAGAUUUACGGCCUGGUCCUUUAAUUUGACUGAGCAGCAGAGUGUUAUUUAAUUUGAAGUGACAGAACAGGAAAUAAAUGUGUUGUGAAGUUAUUAGAGGAUCUUGUUACAUCUGUGGAGUAAUGAUGCUGUUUGUCCUGAGCUGCUGGUUGGUGACACUGAUGAGAGGUUUUUAUCUGACAGCAGGUGGCGCUGCAGCCUCAGAAAAGCCUCCAUACACUCGUCCAACCUGCAGACACUGUGAGACUUUUAUUUAUUAUUUUUAUCAUCAGAGUGGAGACGACUCUGAGCUCUGUGUUUGUCUGGAAUAAAUUAUUUUGGGAUAAACUCUGUUUGUGAAUAAUGUGACUUGUUUUUGUAUUUUCUGAUGAAAUUUUAAUAUUUUUCUUCAUUAAAGUUAUUAUUACAAUAUCA